GACACUUGAUCUUGUGUUUCCCGUACUUUGUUUUCAUUGGCUGAUGUUGAUAUAACUGUAGAUAAAGUGAGAUAUUCAGCUAUUGAUUUAGAGGCAUCAUGUGACUUCAUAUAUAUACAAAGAGGUGAGUUAAUACUGCCAAACAUCUAGGUCAGACAUAUUUACUCUGAGUGCAGACUACACCGACCAUGUGUCAUACAGAAUUUUAAAGCUCACUGGGGCAUGACAGUGCUCUCCUCUAUAGAUGACCUGCUUUGGAAACAUUGAAUUCCCUCCACAUGUUAUCUUGCCCAGGACUACAACAGAUUGUUGCUAAGCCAUGAGUCAGAGGGCGGAAUCCCUGAGGAGCAGAGAUGAGAUCCCACUCAGGCGACGCCCUGCCCCACAGACCAGGGAGAGGUCCAGAGAUAGAGAGAAGGAGAAAAAUGUUGGUGUUACAGAAGAGGCAGAGAAGGCUGGAGGUAUGAGAACCAGAUUAUCAACUGGUAGCAUUCAUAUGAAUGGUACCACUACUGUCGCUGUCGCCAGGGAAAUCGAGAAUAAUCAGAGACUCCAGGGGAAAGCAUCUAAGGAUGGCAUAGAAUCCCCAGCUAAAAGGAAGAAGGGUUCCACCAGUGAUGAGAAAACCAGUGGUGUUGAUGUCAGUAAUGUUGGCACAAACCCACCCCCCAAAAAACGUAAAAUAGGCAGAAACGAUGGCUCGGGAGAGGACAACCGUAAUGACUAUUUUUGCUGGCUGUGCCAUAAAGAGGGGACAGUGAUCUGUUGUGAACUGUGCCCCAGGGUUUAUCACACCAAAUGUCUGGAGGUCAGUGGGGACCUCCCCAAGGACUGGGUGUGUCCAGAGUGUGAGAAGAUAAUGAGAGCAGAGUGUGUGGAUACGAGGUCAAAGGCCAUGUCCAUGAUCACCGUGGAUACACUGUGUACUCUUCUCAAGUAUGCACUGGAGAGGAUGAAGCAUCAAGGGAGUGACCCAUUUACCAUACCAGUUGACCUUCAGGCUGUUCCUUACUAUACAGACUAUAUCUACAACCCCAUGGAUCUGACCCAGUUAGAAAAAAACAUUAAGAAGAAGAUGUACGGGUGUACAGAGGCCUUCCUAGCUGAUGCUAAAUGGAUUCUUCACAACUGUAUCAUCUUCAAUGGAUCUGCCCAUAAAUUAACUGCCAGUGCCAAAAUGAUCAUCAAAAUUUGUAAGCAUGAGAUGAACGAGAUAGAGUUGUGUCCAGAUUGUUACUUGAACUCCUGUAUCAGGAAGAAUGAUGAAUGGUUCAGUGAAACCUGUAGAACACCACAUACCCUAGUAUGGGCGAAACUAAAAGGUUACCCAUUCUGGCCAGCUAAAGCCUUACGGGAAGUUGACGGACAAGUGGACGUUCGCUUCUUUGGAGCCCAUGAUAGAUCAUGGGUUCCAACUUCCCAAGUAUUUAUGCUAUCCAAAGAAAUCCCUACCCCUGUGAAGAGCAAAAAGGGAGGGUUUGACUAUGCCAUGGAGGAGACUGAACUUCACAUAGAGAAAAUUAGGGAGAAGUUUGGAAGAUUUGACUAUGCUCCAUUCAGAACUCCUUAUGACAAGAACCAUGUAUACUUCCACAACAAGAUGAAAAUACCCACCAAAGCAGUCCUCAGAAAGUCCUCCAAGCAAUCUGUCUCAGCCUCUCCCAUCAAACCUGCCUCACCCAUCAAAAUGGGGAUCAGUCGCCAAGCUUCAGACGGUAAAGGUGACAAGCAGUCAUUACUGAUGAAACAAGCUUCUGCUGUGAGAAACAAGUACAGCAGUAUUGUUCCAACUCGCCGUGGGACUGGGGACUCACCACAGGGAGUGAAGACCGAGACUCCAGGGGUGGUAAGAGCAAGUGGAAUUUUAGGCUCUUCAGAGACUGUUAAAAUGGAAACACCGUCAGAAAUAUCAACUGUUGGUUCAUCAAAACCAAAAAUUACUGAGGAAAUUAAACCAAACACCAUAAAAAUCACCACAGCAAAAACCAGCAUAAUAAAGAGUGACAUUGUGGACAAAAUUCAGAGCAAGAUUGAGGCCAUGAGUGAAGGGGAUGAGGAGGAGACCAUGGAAGAGGAAAAACAGAACUCAGUCAUUGAUUCUUCCUCAGAAAAACAAAGUUCUAGUGAGAAAAGUGACAUUUUGGACAAAAUUCAGAGUAAAAUUGAGGAAAUGGAGGAAGAAAAUGUGGAUAGUGACUCAGAGCAUGACUCCAUUCUUGAUCCAUCAACAGGACAAAUUAGUGCAAAGCCUAGUGCUGAAGAAUCUAAGAAUCAAGAAAGUGCUCAAACUACUGCUGUUAUUUUAAAAAUUACUUCUAGUGCUACACUAUCAAAAAUGGAUGAUGAGAAAGAAACCGUUGGGGAAAAGACAUGUGAAACAAAUGAAGGAGAUAUAUCCAAAAAUGUGAAAGAAAGAGAGUCAAGUCCAUGCCAUACCUCUAAAACAUCAGACAGUGCCUCUCCAUCAAAGACAGAAUAUCUGGCAAAACUCCAGAAAACAAUACAGACAUGUAAAGACAAGCUGGGAAUUUCUGGAGACAAUCUAGAGGAGGCAGAUGAGGAACAUUCCUCACAGGAGGACAGUGAGGAGGAGGAAGAAGAGGAGGAGAUGGAGAAGAACAAAGGUGUUGUGGACACAGAAGAGGAAUCCCAGGAGUCCUCACUGAAGUCUCCAGGGGGGAGUAUGCCUCCAGAGGAAGAGGACACCACUGAACAAGACCAGGUCUGUAGCAGCAGCACAGAUGUGAUGACAGAAACCAAAAAGACAGAGAAAAACAUUUUUGAGUUGAUGGAAACUGAAGCAUCUGGUAGUCAAGUUACUGAGAGUGAACAUGAUAAAAGCCCAACUAAGGUCAAAGAAGACAAUAAUAUUGCAUCCAGAGUCACAGUGGAUAAUAAAUCUCCAACCAAAAUGGCAGACAGGAAUAACAGUGCUGAAAGUGAAAAUAGAACUGCUGAAAGCUUACACAAAGGAAAGGACAGUGAGGCUGCAGAAGAAACCACUGAAUCUUCAAAACAUAAUUCAGAGGAGGAAGAUUCUUCUGGUGUUCCAGACACAACAGAGAAAGAGGUGGAGGAGACCGACAUGCCACUGGAAAUGGAGGUGGAGAGUGAGGAACCAGAGAAAGAUGUGGACAAAUCCACAGAGGAAGUGGAGGAGGGAGGUCAAAAGGUCAUCACUCCAUUGACUUCACCUUCAAAAUCAUCAGAGACAAGUGUGUCACCAAAAGGGAAGGAGAGACCUGGUAUUGUUUACAGGAAAACUAACAAAAAACCUGUUCAACCACCUGCCAUACUACCAAAGCCUGCAAUACCAAAGCCUUCUGGUUCCAUUGUCAGCCUAUCCUCCGAGUUUUUCCAGUCUGCUAUAGAAAAGUCCCUCCACUCAGCCCCAGCCCCCACCAGUUUACUGUCUCCAAAAAGGAAGUUAUCAGAGGAAGAUAUUACUGUGGUUCAUGUCUCCAAAGUGCCAAAAGUAAGCCCACAACCCCAAAUCACUGUCACCACGUCAGUAACGAGUCCCACAAGUGUCCAGACCAGUACAGGAAAGGUCAUAGAGUGGACAAAGAAGAUUCCAGAGAAGCCAAAAGUGACAUUAGAGGAGGUCCCUCCUAAAUCACAGGUUCAGCCCCCAAACCAAACGUCCACAGACCACAAAGAACUGCCACAGUAUGCCCAGGAUCUUGUCAAGUCAUUCUCUGAAAGGAUGAUGGCUAGUAUGCAGUCGUCACUGGAGGAAAUGUGUUCAGAAAUUAUGUCAAAGGCUGAACGAUCAACUGAUCAGCCACAAGAAGUAGUGAAUACAGAAGCUGAACUUGCACGUAUUGAUUGGGAACAGAAGCAACAGAUUGCAGAGCUCAAGCAUAAUUUCCAAUUGACUGUGGCUGAGAUGAAAACAUUGUGGGAGGCAGAAAAGCAGCGAAUAAUUGUGGACUUGAAGGCCGCUCAUAACAAAGAACUGGAGAAAACCGUUACAGAAACCAAGAAAAAACAAUGGUGUGCAAACUGUGGUAAGGAGGCUAUAUUUUACUGCUGUUGGAAUACAAGCUAUUGUGACUAUCCCUGCCAACAGAUUCACUGGCCUACCCACAUGCCAGUCUGUAUGCAGACCCAGAAUAAUGCCAGUGACACAAACACAACAGAAGGAAGCAACCAAUCAAAUGCCUCUGGGAGGUCUAGUAGCCAUAACAACCAGAGGGACAGACCACCUCAAUCCUCCAGUAUGACAGGGGCACCUCCUUCAUCGAACCCCCUGGAAAUGGAGCAAGGUGAGGAUUUCAGGAGAGCCUCUAGAGAGAAUCUGACAAACAUUCUUCAACAGCAACAACAGAGAAUGCAGAAUCCCCCACAACAGCCAAUGGCAAAUAUCCAGUAUUUGUCAGGAGGUGGAGCUAACCCAAUGGCCCCGCCCAAUAUCCCACCUCAGUACUUACAGCAACAGAGAAUGAUGAUUGAUGAUGCAGGACGUAAAAAGCCCAACUAUUACUGGACAGAUCAGACCAUGGACCAAGCUGUUUCUGCAGUGCUGAAAGAUGGAAUGUCUGUUAACAAGGCCUCAAAAAUCUUCAAUGUCCCACGCAAAAUUCUCACUGAAAGAGUGGGAGGCAGAAUGCCGCUUCCUCAGUCAGUGACAGGAAAUCAGCCUCUCUCUACCCCACCGGUACAGUUCCAGUAUGUGGGGCCCCCUCAGCCCUUAGUUCAACCACCCUCAAGUGUUCAACCCCUCAACUCCACUCAACAGGCGAUGAGGAUUCCAGGACCUCAGCCACAGGGGGCACCACAAACAAUCAUGGCUCCUGGACACCAGAUUCUACCUCCUGGUGGAUCAGUCCUUUACCCCAUUCAGAUCUCACAGGCUGGUCCCUCCCUCAUGAAUGGAGGGCCAGUAGUCAUCUCCCAGACCAGUCCUCAAGUACCCCCAGCAGGUUCCAUGAUCAUCUCCCACACUGGUCAACAUCCCACACAAGGACCCCCAAUGGUUGUCACACAACCCAACCAGCACCAGCAGGUCAUGACAAACAAUUUGGCAUAUCACGGGCGAUUUUAAUUAAUGAUCUUUACAGAUGAAUCUUGUAAUGCUUUCAUAAUAAUGUAUUCAUUUCCUGUCAGAAGAAAUAGCUGAUAAGUCUCUUCAAGAACUGUUCUCUGCGUGUUCACAUCAUAAGAAACCAUUGACAGAGAGGGCCUUGAUUGGGCAUUAACAGAGUAUUACACAUUGUUCAUUUAGAGUAUUAGUCUUCUGCAUGAGAGGACAAUUCAUAAAUGGUUGUUAAUGAUUACUGCAUGUUUUUAUAUAUAUAUCAUGAUUGUUGGAAAUUGUUUUCAAUAAAGCAUGUGUAGAAAGCUGA